GUAGUUGCAGAUUUGUGUCCGCCUUCUCUCUCCUCUAAUCGGCGUCGGACUCUGCACACAUUUAGAACCGAACCAAACUGAACCGAAACGAAGGAAGAAGACGGAUUUGGUCUCCGUGCGCGAGGCAACCAAAACGGAACCGCGCGCGGUCACGAGGGGAAUCGAGUCGGGAUCCUUGUCUCCCGGCAACGGGAGCGCUGAGCGGCACGUCGGCAUGUCUUCCAAAGAACGCGUGAAAUUGGGGAAGGAGGACAGCGUCACGCUGCUGCCAUGUUUUUAUUUUGUAGAGAUCCCAAUUCUCGCCCUGGCCAUCAUCAGUCUGUACUUCUUGGAGCAAACGGACCUUUUCCAGCCAGUGCAUUCUGGGUACAGCUGCAGCGACAAAAGCCUUUCCCUGCCCUACAACUUACACCAACAGGAAGUGUGUCCUCUGCCUCUGCUCUUCAGCUUGGUGUUUGCGAUACCCACGGCCACUAUUGUGGUCGGGGAGGCCAUCGUAUUCUGCUACCUUUCCAGGAGGUCAUCUACCAUGCAGAUUGAGACCAACAUCCACGCAGCCGGCUGCCAUUUUAACUCCUACAUUCGCAGGGCUGUUCGCUUCAUAGGCGUCCACAUUUUCGGCUUGUGUGUGACCGCGCUGAUAACGGACAUUUUCCAGCUGUCGACUGGACAGCACACCCCUUACUGGCUGGAUGUUUGCAAACCCAAUUUAACACACAUCAACAUGUCAACUUGCGACGAAGCUUUUAUUUUGGAGGAUAUCUGUUCCGGACAAGACGUCAGCCUCAUCACAGCUGGGAGGAAGUCCUUCCCCUCCCAGCAUGCAACCUUGGCUGCCUUUGGAGCGGUCUAUGUCUCAAUGUAUUUUAACACAGUGCUGACGGACUCCACCAAGCUGCUGAAGCCUCUUUUGGUGUUUUCUUUCAUCAUGUUGGCCAUCUUGGCCGGACUCACCAGGAUUAUUCAGUUCAGAAACCACCCUGUGGAUGUCUACUGUGGAUGGAUGCUAGGGACAGCUAUUGCUAUUUAUCUGGGCAUUUAUGCAGUGGGAAGUUUCCAGCCUUGCGAAGCCAAGCCAAGAAAGCGACGACCCGCCCUCACCCUAAGAAAGUCGCCCCCACCUUCUGUGCCGAGUGUCAGCCAAUCAGAAGUGAGCAACAACCGCCAAGUGGGCCACCACAUGUUGACACCCAGUCAACCGGAACCAAUCAACACCAGGUCCACCACCCACACCUUCUCCCCCAAUCAGGCAGAGCGGAUCCUCACACGAAGCUCCUCCUACCGGGAGCCAUCCAGGUCCAGUCUAAAGGUCGCCAAUGCUGAAGUGAAGGUCAUCGUUCCGCCAAGUCCUUUGGAAAGUUCUGACAAGUCCUUCAGCAGUAGCACACUGCCAAGGUCGCAUGGUGGCUCCUCAUCAGAAGGUUGUCGUAUUCCUCGGCGUCAUGCCUCAAUCCACACUUCAAUGGAUUCAGUACGAUCCAAACAACUUCUCAACCAGUGGAAGAAUAAGAAUGACAACAGGAAACUGUCUCUGCAGGUGAUGGAUGGAAUAAGAGCAGCUUCUUUAUCUCCUCAAAGAAAUGUGCAGUUGCAUUAUCCUUCUGAACCAUCGGCCAUGGUUGUGGCUCCAGAGCCCCACAGUGGAAAUUAUAUGCCUUUGGUCCCUGGCCAAGAAGCUGGGGCCCACAUCCCUGCUCAGUACAACAAAAUACCUGCUGGCUGCGUUCCAAUAGCCAAUAAUAAUCCCCUCAACCAGAACGGAGGUGUUGGUUUGCCCGGUGGACCCAGAAUGACUAUUCAGUCUCGUCCUGGAUCAUCCCAACUGGUUCAUAUUCCGGAAGAGGAGAAUUCUACGAGCAAGGAUCAGGAGAGUGAAUCAGAAGACAGCACGAUUGAUGUGUUUGGAUCAGCAAAACAAAACUGGAUGAGAGUAACAGAGAAGACAACUCUUCCGUGUAGACCACUCAGUGCAGGCGGUCAACCCAGACUCAUGCAGGUAAUGUCUUUCUCAAAACACCACGGCUUGCUCAACUCUCCUCGAUCGGAGGACAGCGCCAGCGUUGUCAGUUGCACGGGAUCCAUUCGCUACAGAGCUCUUACGGAUCACGACCCGUCACCACCAGCGUCCACCACUGGCGCAGCGGAAGUAGAAGGCAAAGGUUUGGAGCGAACCGGCAGUAUAGUUCGUGUUGAAGCCCACCCAGAGUCGAGAGUAAAAAGGCCCUUUGUGAAACCUCCUAGCACUGAUGGAAGCGGCUCUUGGCGAUGGAAUCCAGCAGACAAACAACUAUCGCUACGGCAGCCAGCUUUUACCGUCAACAAUACGGACUGCUACGAUUCCCUUAAGGAUGGCGGGCCAUUGGAUGGGCGGGAGAGUGAAACGGUGACCAAGUUCGAAAAUAAAAGUGUUGGAGAAGGAGUUUCAAACAGUGGUCUCCCACAUAUGAUAUAUUCACUCCAUCCGUCACAAACUAACAAACCCAACCAUUUUCAGGACCACGACUCAAACAAGCCUCCCACCAUGAGCGCCAUAAACGCUCCUCCUUUUCAUCCACACCCUCAGGCUAUCACGACCAUCAGAGUCACGCCUGUGGAAGGCACUGGCGCCAGCAGUGAUGGCAGCUCCGAGUGCCAAUCGGUUGCGUCUUCCAGCCGAGAGUCUACCUUGCGGAAAAAGAGUGUCACCGACCUUCACCACGCCCAAGACCAAGGGCUCAGCUCUGAUCACCUUCUCAGUCAGAAAAGCAGCUUCUUCGACAGUGAAAGUGGCAAUCAUUUCGGUGAAAACCUUUACCAUUUUCAAGACAACCCGAUGCACCCCAACAGGCAGUUACAAGGAAUGCUUGGUCGGCCAAGUCCACACCCUCCACCUACUUUACCCCGCCCUCUGAUGACUUAUCCCCCACCUUCACCUUCCGGGUUGGCCUUGAUGACGAGCUCAUGUGAAGUUCAUGCAUUUAAACGUUAAACUAUUGCUGAGUGAGUUUUUUCUACGCUGAGAAGUACACACAUUGAGAUCAUUGUGCCGACCGGACUGGGCCGGACCCAUUUGCGAAUUACAUCUGUGUGGAAAACGCCACAGAGAACACUGUCACAACUGCAGGCUAAACUUUUGUCAGUGUGACCCGCCUGAUUCAGCUCCUGCUUUACUGUUCCGCCCAGGAUCCUAGGUCAUCCGGCAUGACCCGGUAACCAGCACUGCUCAUAAGUUUGUCAGAGAGUAUCCAGCAGGAACAAGACAUUGAAACAACAUUGAGAACUUGUUGAAUUAGGUCCUGACAACAGGCAACUCAAACACAACGUUGAAACAACAUGCUUUUUGAUGACAUUACAUCAAUGUUGGGUUCUUGCGUUGAUUCGACCAUUGAAUUUUGGUCAUUUCCCAGCCAAUAUUCUAAAAUUAAAGUUCAAGUACCAAUGAUUUGUCCUCUGCAUUUGACCCACCCCCUUGUUCCCCUGGGAGGUGAGGGGAGCAGUAGCGGCUGUGCCCAGGAAUAUUUUUGGGUGAUUUAACCCCCAAUUCCAACCCUUGAUGCUAAGUGCCAAGCAAGCAGGCAAUGGGUUCCAUUUUUAUAGUCUUUGGUAUGACUUGAACUCACAACCUACCGAUCUCAAAUUGGACAUUCCAACCACAAUUACAACGUUAAAAAAACAUGCUUUUUGACGACAGUUAAUCAAUGUUGGGUUCUGGCGUUGAUUUCAUCAUUGAAAUUUGGACCCCAAAGGGAAUAACAGUAGAACAUGGAUGGAUGGAUGGAUAUACAGUAUGUGUAAUCAACGUUGUAUCAAUGUCUUGUGCCUGCUAGGUAAUUGGUUAAAGUGCUCCAAGAAAUUUGAUUUAAUUCACUUUUUCUAUCUCAGUAUAAUUUAUGUUGACAUUUCUACAUACGUCAUUACGUGGUCGUAGUAGAAUUGCCAAGAGAAAUACAGGUUUCAGAUAGGCCAAUGAAACAAGGAGGCUUAAUACUGAUCAAGUCCUGCAUCCUGAAGAAGACUCUCCACCGCUGAUGUUAGAUGAAAACUGUUUGGUGAAAAACAGAAGCAAUGUGUCAAGUCCAGGAGUCUAACCCACUCUUUUAGGUGUGUAUCUUGAAUAGGUGACUACUAUUUGCACAUUUUGUGCGCCUGGUCUGCGUAUGCUGAUCAUCAGAAUGUCCACAAUGUACUCAUCUAGUGUGAUUUAUCAAGACUGGAAGAGUUUGCGACUGCUUUUUUUUUUUUGCGUUCGUAUUUUGACAUGUUUGGAAGCCGUGCAGAACGACGAUAGCGAGACAAUCCUCCGUCCACGUGUUUGUGUCUACAUACUUGGACUGUCAGAACUGAAAUGGGAGUACAGUAUAGCACUACGCCGUGAAUCUUUAGGCAUCACACGAUUCGAUUUGUUUCGAUUCCUGGCUGUAUGUAUUUAUUCACAAUUACUGCUAUCAUGACUGAAGUUCCAAAACAACCAUCCAUCUAUCCAUUUUCUACCGCUUAUUCCCUUUCGGGGUCGCGGGGGGCGCUGGCGCCUAUCUCAGCUACAAUCGGGCGGAAGGCAGGGUACACCCUGGACAAGUCGCCACCUCAUCGCAGGGCCAACACAGAUAGACGGACAACAUUCACACUCACAUUCACACACUAGGGCCAAUUUAGUGUUGCCAAUCAACCUAUCCCCAGGUGCAUGUCUUUGGAAGUGGGAGGAAGCCGGAGUACCCGGAGGGAACCCACGCAUUCACGGGGAGAACAUGCAAACUCCACACAGAAAGAUCCCGAGCCUGGAUUUGAACCCAGGACUGCAGGAACUUCGUAUUGUGAGGCAGACACACUAACCCCUCUUCCACCGUGAAGCCCCCAAAACAACCAAAGAAACAAAAAUAUUUUUUUUAAAGAGGAGGCGACCCUCACAAAAGGACAGUCAGGAUCAAAAUUUCCCCUGCUGGCGAGAACUCAAAGAUGAGGAGGGAUUUAGAAUAGAAUAUAGAAUAUAUCUUUAUUGUCAUUGUACAUUGUAAAAUAACAAUUACAAGCAAACUAAUUUAGUGCAAAUUCAUGACAUAUAAAAAACAUAAGAACAUGGUACUCAGAUAAAUAGAUACAAAUAAUACAUAAAAUACCAAACACAAUGCUCACAUGCACAGUCAUUCUUUUUUAUGCCUUGUGUUCAGCGACACUAUUGCUCUCGGGUAACAAGUGUUCCUAAAUGUGUUUGCCCGGCAUUUUAUUGUCCUGUAUCUCCUACCCGAGGGCAGCAGUUCAAAAAACUGUGAGUGAAAUGGAUCCCUUAUGAUGUUUUGGGCCUUUUUGAAGCACCUGGCACUGUACAGUUCAUCUAGGGUGGAGAGAGAGCAGCCAGUGAUCUUCAUGGCAGUAUGUAUGACCCUCUGAAGUGAGUUUCUCUCUGCCGCUGUGCAGCUGGCAUACCAUACACACAUGCAGUAUGUCAGCACACUCUCUAUUGAGCAGCGAUAGAAAGACACAAGCAGUUUUUGUGACAGGUGGUUCUUUCUGAGGAGUCUCAGAAAGUAAAGUCUCUGCUGUGCCUUUUUGAUGGUUUGAUUUUCGACCGGUGCUGCCUUGGCUCUGUUUCUGCUAAACUAGUAAGUACCUUUUGAUGCUCAAAUCAUAAUGCUUAUGUUAGCUAUCGGAAAUUGACGUGGGAGCAAUAAAUAACCACCACAUUCGAAAAAACUCUCCCGCGGUUAUUUUUUUGCUUUGGACCUGCAAUAUAAUUUCUUGAUAAAGUCUGCUAUUUAACAUCAGAAUAUUACAGUGGACAUCAAGUCAGUUUGCCGCUAUAUAAGUGGGCCUUUGAAAAAAAAAAAGAUUUUCUAUUUUUUUAAAUCGACUAACUCAGACCAGCGACCAUGGAGUGUAUUUUCUGGCAACUGCAUAUGACCCAAUCCAGACAACCUUCCCAAGUCAUGGUGCAGGAAAAAAAUUCAACCAGCUUAACAAGUCAACAAACAUGUCAAACUGAACUUUGUAGAUAUUGCAUUAAAAAAAGAAAACACAGCCAACCACCAUACAAAAAUUCAAAAUUACACCCAUUGUAGGAGUGUUAAAAAUAUAUAUUUUUUAACAGCCCUAUAAGCCACAAACAUUUUCCUGCAGACAAUGUUGCGUUUUAAACCUGCCACCUUUAAUGCUUCCCAGAAUAUUUUCCUGUCCUCCUUAAAGCGGCACACUGACAUCUAAACUUGCUGUAAUGAUGGAUCAUGUUCAUAAUUUGAGUCUCAGUUGUUGCAAAACAGGUUCAGUCUUGAUAAAUCACAAUGCGAUUGCUAAACGAUUUAAUUUUCAUCUUCUGCUCUUACUCCUGACGAUCAGCAUAUAUUCUGCCUAUUCAUGAAGGUCAACACGCUAAAUGGAUUGCACGCUCUAUUUUGAUAAGGGCCGCAAUCCUUGGCACGUUUAGCACAUCAGCUGUGUGUGCACUGUCAAGUUUGCACUUGUUUUGAUUGGUGCUGUCAAAUUAGUGUUUUUUUUCAAUCCAAUUAAUUACACUUUUUAAUCUGGAUUAAUCACAUAUAAUCACAGAUUAUUAUCCGCUUGCAUGAUUUCAAAAUCAUUUUAAAAAGUGCCUACUUCAGAAUGUCAAACAGGAGCAUUUUUUCAAUUGUGUCCUUGACUGCACUACAUUUAUGUGCUCCAAACUUGCUAUUAGUUUUCUCUAAAGUCCAGUCAGGGUCUAUUUUAUAGUGAAAUUUGCCAGUUUGAGUCCCGUCUUUGCAUUGACCAUAUAAAAAAUGUCCACAGUUAAACUAAAGGAGCAUUGGUCCAAAUAAAUUGCGUAAUUGAUCUGCGUAUAUACAUGAUCAAUGCAAUCAUUAUUUGUAAUCAUUCACAUGAGCGACCUCAUUAUUUUUGACAGCCCUAGUUUUUUUCCCCAAUAACCAAAACCAGUGAAGUUGGCACGUUAUGUAAUUCGUAAAUAAAAACAGAAUACAAUGAUUUGCAAAUCCUUUUCAACUUAUAUAAAAUUGAAUGGACUGCAAAGACAAGAUCCUUAAUGUUCGCACUGAGAAUCUUCAUUUUUUUUUGCAAAUAAACAUUAACUUAGAAUUUAUUGCAGCAACACAUUGCAAAAAAGUUGGCACAGGAGCAUUUCUACCACUAUGUUACAUGGCUUUUCCUUUUAACAACAUUCAGUAAAUGUUUGGGAACUGAGGAGACCAAUUUUUUUAGCUUUUCAGGUAGAAUUAUUUCCCAUUCUUGCUUGAUGUACAGCUUAAGUUGUUCAACAGUCCGGGCUCUCGGUUGUGGUACUUUAUGCUUCGUAUUGCGCCACACAUUUUCAAUGGGAGACAGAUCUGGACGGCAGGCAGGCCAGUCUAGUACUGCCAGUCUCGUAGCUGUUGUAACACGUGGCUUGGUAUUGUCUUGCUGAAAUAAGCAGGGGCGACCUUGAUAGCGUUGCUUGGAUGGCAACACAUGUUGCUCCAAAACCUGUAUGUACCUUUCAGCAUUAUUGGUGCCUUCACAGUUGUGUUAGUUACCCAUGUCAUGGGCAUUAACACACCCCCAUACCAUCACAGAUGCUGGCUUUUGAACUUUGUGCCUAUAACAAUCCGGAUGGUUCUUUUCCCUUUGGUCCGGAGGACACGAUGUCCAGUUUCAGAAAACACUUUGAAAUGUGGACUGUUAGACCACAGACCACUUUUACACUUUGCAUCAGUGCAUCAUAGAUGAGCUGCCAUCUAUUGGCUUCGCUCGAAGCUGGCAGCGUUUCUGAGUGUUGUUGAUACAUGACUUUCGCUUUGCUUAGUAGAGUUUUAACUUGCACUUAAAGAUGUAGCGACAAACUGUAGUUACUGACAGGGUUUCUUUUAAGUGUUCCUGAGCCCAUGUGGUGAUAGCCUUUACACACUGAUGUCGCUUUUUGAUGCAGUGAAGUGAAUUACAUUUAUAUAGCGCUUUUUCUCUAGUGACUCAAAGCGCUUCACAUAGUGAAAGCCAAUAUCAAAUUUUUACAUUUAAACCAGUGUUGGUGACACUGGGAGCAGGUGGGUAAAGUGUCUUGCCCAAGGACACAACGGCAGUGACUAGGAUGGUGGAAGCAGGGAUCGAACCUGCAACUCUCAAGUUGCUGGCACGGCCGCUCCACCAACCGAGCUAUACCGCCUGAGGGAUCAAAGGUCCGUGAUAUUAUCGCUUACGUGCAGUGAUUUCUUCAGAUUUUCUGAACCUAUUGCUGAUAUUACGGACCAUAGUUGAUGUAAUCCCUAAAUUCCUUGCAAUAGCUUGUUAAGAAAUGUUGUUCUUAAACUGUUCGUCAAUUUGCUCACGCAUUUGUUCACCAAGUGGUAACCCACGCCCCAUCCUUGUUUGUGAAUAGCUGAGCAUUUCAUGGAAGCUGCUUUUAUACCCAUUCAUGGCACCCACCUGUCCCUAAAUAACCUGUUCACCUAUGGGAUUUGCCAAAUAAAUGUUUGAUUAGCAGUUCCUCAACUUUCUCAGUCUUUUUUGCCACUGUUGCCAGCAAAAAAUAACACCAUUUUCCAGUUUGAACGUUAAGUGUCUUGUCUUUGCAGUGUAUUCAAUUGAAUAUAGGUCAAAAAGGAUUUGCAAAUCAUUGUAUUCUUUUUUGAUUUACCAUUAACACAAUGUGUUAACUUCACUGGUUUUAGGGUUUGUAAUAGAUGCAAACCUUUAGCAGAUCUGGCAUUACAUGUAACAUCAAUAUUACUUUUACACAUAAGCCACUAUUACUAAAAUCUUUGCAAUAUUUAAUUUUGAGAAUAUACUAUACUAUCACAGGUACAGAGAAUACAUAUUCAAUAAUAGAUUAUUUUAUUAGUAAUUAAGUUUUUUAUUAUGAACCUUGUUUCUUUAUGUUAUUUCUGAAUACUAUCAACAUCUAAAAGAUGUGUAAUUAACUAUAAUUGUGUGUUGUUUACAAGUAUACUAUAUGGAUAGGUUGUAUUAUGAAGACCAACAAUAUUCCAAAUUAAUGUUUUGACAGUGUAGUUUUAUUAAACUUGUUUUUUUUAGCAUUCUAUUCUAUUUAUAUUCUAAACCAGCUUGUGAUACUUUGUUUAAAGAUUUUUUUCUACACACAAAACCUACAUCGGGCGUAGGUAACUUUGGUUUAAAGUCGUGUUUUAUAUAUAGGUGGACUGCGGUAGUUCAUAGCUGGGAAAAUAAAAAAAAUAUGAAGAUAACCUGAAAUUCACAUAGUCUAAGGCGGGGGUGUCCAAGCUACAGCCAUUUGCUGCAAAAUUUCCAGCAUCGUGUGGUCAACGUGAGUAAAUCAGGUCAUUGACCUUGAAUUCAUCAAAAUUCAUGAUGUAGAAAAAUAAAAAAUAAUAAUUAAACUUGCACAUAAAGUCAGCAAACAUGUCAGACUGAACUUAGUGGAUGUUAUAUAUAUCCAUCCAUUUUCUACCGCUUAUUCCCUUUUGGGGUCGCGGGGGGCGCUGGCGCCCAUCUCAGCUACAAUCGGGCGGAAGGCGGGGUGCACCCUGGACAAGUCGCCACCUCAUCGCAGGGCCAACACAGAUAGACAGACAACAUUCACACUCACAUUCACACACUAGGGCCAAUUUAGUGUUGCCAAUCAACCUAUCCCCAGGUGCAUGUCUUUGGAAGUGGGAGGAAGCCGGAGUACCCGGAGGGAACCACGCAAACUCCACACAGAAAGAUCCCGAGCCUGGAUUUGAACCCAGGACUGCAGGACCUUCGUAUUGUGAGGCAGACACACUAACCCCUCUGCCACCGUGAAGCCCUGUUAUAUAUAUAUAAAAAAAAGCGUAAUUCAAAAUUACACCCAUUUAAAGUGGCAGCUAAGUCACCAGAAUUGUAACGUAAAAUGUAUGGUGGUUUUGUUACUUUUGUUUUUACCGUAAAGUCAAUUGUUUUGAUUUGUUUUGUAAAUUGAAAAAUUAUACCACUCUAUUUAUACGGUAAAGUGAUUUCCACUAAGCAGCCAUUUUUUUACCCCAAAAAAUCUACGGUCUUUAUUUUUACAGUGCAUUAGUGUAAAUUAAGAUCGGCACCAAUCUUAUUUUGUCAAUAGAGCCGCCAGUUUUUACAGAAACAUCUAUGACGGCAAUAUGCCCGUGAGAUGGCACGAGUUCAAAAAGCAAUCUGCCCGCUUGUUUACAUAUUAAAUUUAAAUAUCCAACUCUUUAAUAGGUAGUUAUAAGUCAUUUUAUUGUGGAAGACAUGAUUAAAUCAGACCAGCAACCAUGGAGUGUAUAUUCUGGCAACUGCAUUCACUUAUAUGACCCAAUCCAGACAACCUUCCCAAGUCAUGGUGCAAGAAAAAAAUCCAACCAGCACAACAAGUCAAAAACAUGUCACACUGAACUUUGUAGAUAUUACAUUAAAAAAAGAAAACACAGCCAACCACCAUACAAAUAUUUUAAAUUACACCCAUUGUAAUUGCGAUCAUCUUGCAAUCGCCUUGCAACCAUCUAUUGCAAGGCAAAAUUGGGAAAAAUGCAAAAUAACUGCUUACAAUACUUUAAGAAGUUUGUCACGGAAGUAAACAAGGUAGGAGCCAAACUCUUAAUAUCCAAUUAUAUUUAUUAUUAAUUAUAUAUCCAUUAUAUUAUUACAAUGUAUAUAUAUAUAUAUAUACACAUUUUUUUGGGCCAAUGCGGCCCCCAAGUCAAAAAGUUUGGACACCCUUGGGCUCAGUCAUAAUAAAGAAUGAACUAACUUCUUUUAAUAUUUCUUUUUAAUUAUAGUGAACAUACUGUAUCUGUUUGAGUUGGAUUCAUUCAGACACAAAAUGGAGGGAGUAAAACAGGACUGCAUUGUGUGCUUUAUUUGAAAGUCAACUUUUUUAGAGUUUAAAAAUAAUCAGGUGUUUUUUUUUAAACAGAUGAAUAUUGCAAAUGUUUGUAGAGCCUUUAUUCCCUGAAUGUAAGCAACUAUACUCGUCUUAUAGCAUAACUGUACAUGCAGUCAGUGUUUUUUUUGUGUGUGCUAUUCUUUGGAGCAAACUGCUUGUGAACGUUAUUUGGAGGGAAAAAGGCCCAACUGGCUCUUUAAAGUUGCCAUCUCUGAUACAGAUGUUGAAGCGGAACAUAUUUGUAUAUAAUAUCCAGUAUAAUAUUUGAGACAUGCUUGUACACUACAAGGUCUGUUCCAAUGUAUCUGCUUGCUGAUUUGUGCUCAAUAUUCAGUGGUUUACUGAGCAUAGAGAGAGAAACUAUUAUGUCGUGGCUAAUAACAUUGAAUAUACAGUGUGCUACUACUUUUUUUUAGUUAUUUUUGUAGUGGCGCUUGUAGUAAUAGUAGUAUGUAUUUUGCUAAAUAUUUUGACAUCCAUGAAAAGGUUUUUUUAGAUGAGGACAUAUAAGAUACCAUGUGCCAAAUGAUGUUUGAUUGUCGGUCAAUGUAUUUAAGCUAUUGUUUUCUUUGAAUAAAGAAUGAACACAUUAA